CAAAGUCAAUACAACGGCCGUAUUAAAUGUGAAUCUUUUUUUAUAGAAAGAAAAAAAGAUCAAAACACAACUCACGUCAUCUGCUACUUUGGCACUACUCUUCUUGCCAUAGAUGGAGAAGUGGAAGUUUCUGGACCCCUGAACUGCAGCGGCAGGGACCUGGAAUAAAAGAAAACAACGGAUAUUAAAUGGGGAAAUCAAAACAAGAGAAAAAAAACAACCUUAUUCUGCUAAGCAUACAACUACUGCUUUCUUUAUUCCUCUAUUAAAAAUAAAGCUUUAACGUCAAAUGUGUAUUCCUUGUAACACUUGCAUAACAAGCUCUACUUUAGCAUAAAUCAGUGAGCGCACUGAUUUACACACUGAGCAUGAACGUUAUUAAACAAACAAUAGUCUGAUCGGUGUCAGGUUAACUGAGUCUUGUGGAUCGGUGUGCACCGUAUCCUUUAACGUGUGGCUAGCUAACACACACAGAGGCUACAACCGUUUUCCACAAGGGCAACUGAAGGGUCUUCUUAUAGCCAUGUUGGGCUUCCACAGGGGGGUGGACAGCUUACUGAAAACACGACUGUGUGUGUGGAGAAACAACUCGAGCUGGCGCAGCUACAUAUAAAAACUACUAAGUUACAACUGCUAACUAGUAGUUGAAUAGCUUCGUGGUGUCACAUUGAAAGACCCUAAGCUAACGUUACAUAGGUUACGCAAGUGGGAAUCGGACAGUUACGAAAGCUUCUUUUCAGCGUAAAAUAGAAGACGAUCAACGCCCACACGCAGCCGGAUCGCAUACAGAUAUAUGAUGGCAUCUAAAUAUUAAUACUCACUGCUUUGGUUUUAGACAACACCCUCUUGGAGAGGAGUCGGGAGGCAACGCGAACACUCGCCAUGUUGUCAGUUGAAGGAGCGAUUCUGAGCCACGGCGCAGGCAGUCUCCAUGAACAACUUGAAUGACCCCCCCAGAUGGAACAUCCAACCAGACCCCAGAGGAAGGGGGGCGGGGGCCGGCGAUGGCAACCAAUGGAACUACGCCCUGCUGGUCCCGAUGCUGGGGCUGGCUGCAUUUCGUUGGAUCUGGUCCAGGGAGUCUCAGAGGGAGAUCCAGAAAGUCAAAGACCAGUAUGACAACGACGUGUCCACACUAAAAAGCGAGAUGGAGGCACGAUACCGUGACACACUGACAGAGAGGCGCAGGGCAGCGGCUACACUGGAGCUGGAGCUAGAGAAGGAGAGACAGAGGGUCAAAGGUUACAAGCAGGCCCUGAUCUCACAGAGCCAGCAGCUGAUGGAAGAACGGAAACAGUUGCAUCAGGAGCGCCAGUCCUUGGAGGAAGAGAAGCAAAGGCAGGUAAAGUCCGGCGCUGCAGGGGCUGUGCUGCAUCGCGCCCUGGAACAAGAGAACGACUGGCAGCGGCGAGCCACCACGACUCUGAAGGAGCUCGAGGGUCAGCUCGUGGACCGCCAGAACGCCUACUGUUCCCUCAUCCAACCUCGGGACCAGCGGCUGGAGAUGGAGAAGAACAUGCUGCUUCACGUCGUCAAACACCCCAUCGGAGCGGAACUGGAUCUAGAGUCCGACCUGAAGGAUAUUUUUAGGAGAGAUAAGCACUGCGCGGACUUGCUAAACAUGGACAAGAGGAAGAAUGGAAGCCUCAUGUGGGUGUACCUCAGGUUCUGGCAGCAGCAGGUCACCGUGCAGAAGCACAAGAGGGCCGAAGAGGCUGUAUUCAAUGGGAAAUUCCAGUCUCAAACAAAGUGACAAACCUUGAGUUUUUCAUUUGACUUUGAAAAAAUGUUAAAGGUAUCCGAAAUGGAAAAUGCAUGUAUUUUUAUUUCUUUGUAAAUUAUCUUUACGCGGUAACCCCAAUAAGGUGACGUCCAACAUCUGAAGGUUCCUCCCGUCAUCUCAGUGUUUAGAAAAGAAGGGAAGUCAAGUUUGGAGCAUGCAGAAAUAUUGCUAUUACUUCAGAAGCCCCAGUUAAAGCUGGGGUUGGUGAUCUUGCGAUACUUGCAAGAGUACGCUAGAUUUUUAAAAAAUAUUAUCCAACUUAAAAACACAGCCCAGUGUUGCCAACUUUUUUUCAAAUGAGAGUUGCGAGCAGCAUUAGCUCCAAAAGUUGCCACGUCCUUUUUUUUUUUUUUUUUGUCACAGCAUUUGAUUUAUUGUUUGCUGUCGGGAUGUAAUGAGAAUUUAAACAAUAAUAUAAAAAAUAUUUCUGAAGAGGAUUACCAACCCUGCCUUUUAAGACUCAUUAGCUUUACAGUAAAUGUGUAAUGAUGAAAAUGCACAUGGAUCAUUCAAGUGUUUGUCUUUGCUCUAUGUAAAGCGUCUUUGAGUGUCUAGAAAAACGUUAUAUAAAUUUGCUUAUUAUUAA